UUAGUUGUCAUUUGGCUGCAAGGCAGAUAGUUCUACAUCUGGAAAUCAGUCAAUUCAUUAUCAUUCUAUUGUGGAAAGAACGUAACAGGACUCCUCUUCGUGGUAAACAUAGUUAUAUUUCUUAAGGUGUUUCCAGGUAGUGGUAGCAUUAAAAGGUGACAUGUAUUGGAAGAUUUUGACAGCAGUUCUCUGCUUCUAUGCAGUUGUUCCUGUAAAACCUACUGCAUCCACAGCAUCUCCCACAACAACUGGAAAUGCAACAACAACAGCCACAGCUGCCAACACUACAUCCACAUAUGCCAACAAUAUCACCACAACUGCCAACACUACAACAACAGCUGCCCCCACAACAACCAUAGCCGCUCCAACUACAACGCCCUCGCCCCCAGUUGUUUUUGACCUGGUAUUCAGAUCAGAUGAGGUUUUCAGUCCUGCUCUGACAAAUACCUCUUCACCAUUGUUCCAGAGUCUGGUAACGAAGACAAUUCAAGCGCUUGAGCCUCUGUUUAAGGCACAUUUCCCAAACUUCAUAAGACUGAUUGUGGUGGGUUUCAGGAAUGGUUCCAUCAUCACAGACACCCAGCUGGAGUUUGCUGCCGCUAACACAACUGCUAAUGCGACCACACCUUUUGCUGAUGCCGUGGCUACUACUCUGAAGGCUGCGAUCACCAAUGGAAGUUUGAGUAUCAACAUCUCAGCCAAUUUCAAGAUUACUGUGAAACCGACUCCAUCCGCAGCAUCUCCCACCACAACUGGAAAUGCAACAACAACAACCACAGCUGUCCCCACAACAACCACAGCUGCCAACACUACAACCACAGCUGCUAACACUACAACCACAGCUGCUGUUGCCCCGACAACCACCGCAGCCCCAAAUGUUUUGCUUCUAGUGUUCAGUUCAGAUGAGACCUUCACCGAAACUCUCUCAAACAACACCUCGCAAGCUUUCCAGGAUCGGGCUACUACUAUAAAAAAUGAGAUUGAGCCAGUCUAUCGCAAAGUCUUUAGAAGUUUCAUUCAGCUUGUUGUGUUGAGUUUCAGACGUGGGUCCAUCAUCACAGAAAGCAGAAUGGAGUUUGGACUUACUGGUAACGGGACUGCACCCACUGCUAAUUCGGUGAAAGAUACUCUGGUGGAUGCAGUCAACGAAGGGAGUAUAGAUAUCCGUGUCAAUACCAGCUCCAUCGUUGUCAGCGCAACUCCCACCUCAACUGGAAAUACAAAAACGACAACCACAGCUGUCCCCACAACAACCACAGCUGUCCCCACAACAACCGCAGAUGCCAACACUACAACCACAGCUGCCAACACUACAACCACAGCUGCCAAAACCACAACCACAGCUGCAAACACUACAACCACUGCUGCCAACACUACAACCACAGCUGCCAACACUACAUCCACAUCUGCCAAAACCACAACCACAGCUGCCAACAAUAUCACCACAGCUGUCCCCAAAACAGCCACAGCUGCCAACACAACAACCACAGCCGCUCCAACUACAACACCCUUGCCCACAUUUGUUUUGAAUCUGGUAUUCAGAUCAGAUGAGGCUUUCAGUCCUGCUCUGACAAAUACCUCUUCACCUUUGUUCCAGAGUCUGGUAACGAAGACAAUUCAAGCGCUUGAGCCUCUGUUUAAGGCUCAUUUCCCAAACUUCAUAAGACUGAUUGUGGUGGGUUUCAGGAGUGGUUCCAUCAUCACAGACACCCAGCUGGAGUUUGCUGCCGCUAACACAACUGCUAAUGCGACCACACCUUUUGCUGAUGCCGUGGCUACUACUCUGAAGGCUGCGAUCACCAAUGGAAGUUUGAGUAUCAACAUCUCAGCCAAUUUCAAUAUUACUGUCCCAGCUAAUCCAACGACAGCAGCUCCCACAACAACCACAGCUGCCCCCUUAACUACCACUGCUGCUCCAACAACUACCACAAACGCACCAACAACAAACACAGCUGCCCCCUUAACUACCACUGCUGCUCCCCCAACUACCACAAGUGCACCAACAACAACCACACGUGCACCGACAACAACCACACGUGCACCAACAACAACUACAGCUGCCCUACAAACAACCACAGCUGCUGUUGCCCCGACAACCACCGCAGCCCCAAAUGUUUUGCUUCUAGUGUUCAGUUCAGAUGAGACCUUCACCGAAACUCUCUCAAACAACACUUCGCAAGCUUUCCGGGAUCGGGCUACUACUAUAAAAAACAAGAUUGAGCCAGUCUAUCGCAAAGUCUUUAGAAGUUUCAUUCAGCUUGUUGUGUUGAGUUUCAGACGUGGGUCCAUCAUCACAGAAAGCAGAAUGGAGUUUGGACUUACUGGUAACGGGACUGCACCCACUGCUAAUUCGGUGAAAGAUACUCUGGUGGAUGCAGUCAACGAAGGGAGUAUAGAUAUCCGUGUCAAUACCAGCUCCAUCGUUGUCAGCGUUCUAAAGUCAUCCAUGUCUCCAGUGGUAAACAGUGUGUUUUCCUCUUUUGGAAUGACCCUGGUUUUCCUGCUGCUGUCUGCUGCAAUGCACAGACUUUAAGACAAGGACAAACCAACUCAUUUGCAACCCUGCACCUGACUACACAUGUAACUCUUUAAUUUUUUUUUUAUAUCACAUAGUCCUCUUUUUCCAGUGAAAUUUGUCUAUAGCAUAUGCAUAUUAGGAUCCAGCCAUCAGCUGUUGUAUGUGAAGUCACCACAUCAAAGAGAAAAGAGCUAUAUCAUUCAAUUGAAAUUAUAUUUGUUUUCAUCCUAGAUGCUCUUUAAUGUAAUGUUAAACCUAUGGUACAGGAAUGGAUGCGUGAGCAGACUUCGUUUGUUUGGUUAUAGCCCAUAGUAAAAUAUGAUGUAGAGCAUGUUUAAUAAUACAUUGAGUGUAUUCAUAGAGUAAACCUUUUUUAGUGGAAUGAAUUUCAAUAUGGAGUUAAUGAAGGCAGGGCAAACAAUGAAACCCAACCUGAAGAUAAUCCCAACCAUCAAAAUCACCCAUUAUCACUAUUGUGAGAAUAUGUCUGCAUUAAUACAAUUAUCCCUUGUGUUUACUGUUGAUUUGAUGAAAAUAAAAAGGAAACUUUG